AUGGAUACAGCUGGCCCCACCGACGAUUCUCUGCACACCACCAGAGACACUUUGUACCCGAUGCAAGCAUGGUAUUGCAUCGGUAUUUUCAUUUUCGUUAUCGCCAUUUUUCAGUGGAUCUCCUUUUUUCACUCCAAGUUCUCCAGGAAGCGUUCCACGUCCAACGGUUCCGAUCCAGAACAAGCUCCUGUGCACCAUCGUCGCGUUUUUUCGUGGCGUCGCAUCCCUUUGGGACUUGUCAAUGCAUACCGUGUUAUUGCUUUCCGCUGGACAGUUGAAAUCGGAAAGUGGUACACCCUCAACGUGGUUGAGAUUUUUGUGACCGUGGCGUAUAUUUCGUUUCUUUUUAUAUGGGCAUUCAUCAACACAACCAACCUCGAGGGUCACAGACUGGACAUUGCAUACUGGGGCAACCGCUCGGGCGUGCUUGCCGCGAGCCAGUUCCCACUGAUUACUGCACUUGGAACCAAGAACAAUGUCGUAUCCUGUAUGGCUGAUCUUAACUAUGUCCAUCGUAUGAUGUCCAGAGUCGUCUUGAUCUUACUCGGCGUUCAUGCAAGCAGUGAGGUCGUUCAAAACGCGCCAUUCCAACCAUUCCUAAAUGAGGCGUGGGUAAGAUGUGGCAUGACUGCCAUUACUGCAUUGACCAUUCUAUGCGUUUUCUCUUGGCGCCCCAUCCGAGCACAAGCCUAUGAGCUUUUCUUCUACGUUCAUUUCGUUAUGGUUCUCACUUUCCUCGUCUGUGCUUACUUCCACACACAAUAUGACGCAGUUACCUACUGGAUCUAUCCCUGUUUUGUAAUCUGGGGACUGGACCGCCUUAUUCGCGUCCUUGGUAUUGCGGUGUUUAAUCACUCAUACUUUGGAUUCAAGUCAGGAUCUAUGAUGGACGCGACCGUUGAACUCCUAUCCGACGACUUUGUUCGGUUACGUUUCCACCGCCCGUCUCAUUUCCGCUGGUCCCCUGGGCAAACUGCCUAUCUUAUCAUGCCAACCGUCUCACGCCUGCCGUUCGAGGCCCACCCUUUCACCAUUGCCAGUUUUAAUUCGAACCUUUUUGAUGUGCUCCAGGUUCAGCAGCCUCAGGGCGAAAGAUAUACUACUCAGAUCACAGAACAGGAUCUUGGAUCUAGUGCUCCCUUCUGGAAGGAGCUGGUGUUUUUCGUCAACGUGAAGAAGGGAUUCACCGCCCGCUUGAAAGAAGCUGCCUCGAAGGGUGAAAAAGUCAAAGUCUUUAUCGAUGGACCAUAUGGACCGACUCCUAACCUGGGUUCAUACGACACAUCCGUGCUCAUUGCUGGUGGAUCCGGAGUCUCGUAUACGUUACCGAUAUUGUUGCAUAUUAUAGAAAGUGUCCGCAACGGUAAAAGCAGCUGUGGCCGUGUGGUCUUCAUCUGGUCAGUUCGGAACGCCGGCCUUGUCAAGGUCAACAUUGAUGUUCGCCAGACUACAUUCACGGGAUCGACGAGACUCUCAUCCGAGCACUUCAACUUGCACCUCCUUCUUUAUCCAUCUCAAUUCCGCAUACACGUUACCGGUAGACCAGAAACUAUCGAGACCUUGCCACGUUCUUCGAGUGAUGACGCCAAACCGGCGUUUGAUCACUCCGAGACGGUGGUGUUGCAGGAGGGAACAGCUAUGGAUAAAAGCGUGGACUCCCUUUUCGCCAUAGAGUCGGUCAAGGUUCAAACUGGAAGGCCCAACCUGCCAGCCAUGCUCCGAGAUGAAAUGGAAAUAGCGACGGGCAGAAUGUCUGUUAAUGUGUGUGGCUCACAGGGGAUAGUUCGAUCUGUUCGUCGUGCCCUUCAAAUCCCAAUGUUUGGCCCUCUCAGUGUAGCCAACGGCGGCCCGAGUGUUACUCUACACAUCGAGUCCUUUGGUAGCGCUUAG